CGUGGAUGGCUACUCAACAUCCGGCCCUGAACACCUCGGCGGUCGGCACUGCGGUUCUCGACAAGACUACCUGUGUCACUCUCGGUGGUAGUUCUCAAGGCUAUUUUUUUUUAUUUAGUUUAUUUUUCAUGCAAGAAAGGUCAGAUAUGUAGCAGAGUAGAUAUAAAUCGAGAUUUAAGAAUCUCAUAAUUGCAAUGUUCCUACACUCAGUGUUAAAACUGAGGUCUGCUGCUCCAGCCACGCUGACAAGUGCGAUGCCCUGCGGGAGGCAGAUUCAAUGAAGAGAAACUGCGUAGGAGUUAGGGUGCUGAUGACGAUGAUGAUCGCUAUAGAGAGAAGGAGCUGAACCUGCCCACUCCAUCCCCGCUAUUGAUUGGCUGCUCUGAGGGGUGUGGUGGCAAGUGGCCAAUGGCGACGCGUGAUGGUGUGAGCUAGGGCUGAUCUGCGAGGCAUCGUACCUCCGCCAGCCUUCAAACAGCUGUGGAGGGAGGGCGUGUGACGCUACUGGUGUCGUACAGUUUGGAUACAAUCGUGGGUAUUAUAGCGGACGCGCUUCAUUCUUACCGAACUCUCAACACAGCAGCAUCAGCAACAACAGCAGCUCAUCAAGUUCACCUCCCUGAUUGAAGGUGCGAUUAGUGAAUCGCUCCUCUGCGCCGCCCACGUGGUGGUGGUGGACUGGUGGUCUCAGGGAGAGGGAGCCAAGGGAGCGGUAGCUAACUGCUGCUCGUGCCGAGGGUGGGGGGAGUGAUGGACAACAUCAUCGAGCAGAUUCUCAACCUGGAGGCUGAGAUGGAUGUCCAGAGCUGCUCUGAGGGCGAUCAGGCGUGCGUCAGACCGGCGCAGCGAUCCUUCUCCCAGCCAGACUGCCUAGCACUGCCUUCUACUCUGCCUCCCUGCCUCAGCUGGGGCGCUCUCAGGCCUUCCAACUCUUACCCGCCAGACUUGUCUCUAGAUAAGGAGAGGGGCGUCACCAGCGACCAGGCAGCUCUGAGUCGGGCAAAGGAACAGCGAAGGAAGGAAAGCCAUAACAUGUUUGAGCGUCGGCGGCGCUUCAACAUUAACGAGAGGAUCCGUGACCUGGAUAAGCUGCUGCCGCGGCGUAGUGAACCUUACUGCGAGGCGGCACGGUACAGCUCAGGUCACGUCCUCAAAGCCACUGUGGAGUACAUGCAAUGGCUCAAGCAGGAGGUGAGCCGCUUGUCGGAGGCGGAGGCCAGGCGACGAGUUCUGGAGCUUGAGAACCAUCACCUCCGUUCACGUCUACAACAGCUGGAAGCCAAAGUUCACGAGCUGGGCACUACUGAGUUCAAGACGACACCGCAGGCCACGCUACAGUAGUCAUUGCUGAGGCCCUGUAGUGCACUUUGAGAGACGGCCUCUUGUGUUUAUUGCCAAUUUUAAAACAAACUUCUAUUUUUUUUCUUUUUGUAAAAUAAACUUUAUUUAGUCUGA